UUUUGGGCGCGUCAUUCAAACGUUUAAUAUACUAUAACAAUCGUGCUAUCUUUUAGCUCUGACGAGAAUUUAAGAGAAGAUGGUGCAAGUGGAGGCUCAUACGCUUCCAGUAACCAGUCACUCAAUUGAUGCAGCUAUUGCUCUUUAAGAAGAAUUUGUAGUAACCCAAGCCACCAGCUUGCAUUUGAUUUACGUCUCGAGUAUACGUCUUGUGGGAUCAGAGAGGGAAGUCUGUGCUGACGCGGGGUCAAAAAUUUUGAAGGGACGCAAUUUUUUUUUUCUUUUGGUCUUAUUCAACGCGAAACGCGUAUUGAAAUUUCUCCACUUUUUUUUUUGACAACCCUUGCAGCUGGCCCUCCAUGAUCGCCAAGACGCUCGAAAUCAACUGGCACGACGGUCAAGCCAUUUAUUCAGCUGACUUCUCGCCCGAUGGCUCACGGUACGCAACCGCCGGAGCGGACACCACCGUUAGAAUAUGGAGUAUUCACAAACGCCCUGAAGCCGACAAUAAUAAUCAAGGAAAAGAUCACAAAGCACUCAAUGCGCUACCUGUCAACAUUGAUUUUCUUUCAGAAUUGAAGCGUCACUCAUCACCCGUCAAUGUUGUCCGAUUCUCACCCAACGGGGAGUAUUUAGCUUCAGCCGGAGACGAUGCCUGCAUCAUUCUGUGGAAGAUAUCGACUCAAAAAGACAGCGGAUUCGCCAUGAGCGAUUACAGCGAAUUUGAAAAAGAGACAUGGAACGUCGUGCAAAUGUUCUAUGGACACAACAAAGAAAUUUAUGAUCUUGCAUGGUCUCCCUGUGGGAAAUAUUUCAUCACUGCCGCUAUUGAUAACACAGCUCGUGUAUGGAGUAUCGCUGAACGACAAUCCAUUCACGUAUUCGCAGAUCACACACAUUAUGUUCAAGGGGUUGCUUGGGAUCCUGAAGGUCAGUUUGUGGCUACUCAAAGCAGUGAUCGAUCAUUGGCUAUCUAUCGAUAUAAACAAAAACCAAAUGCUCAUCCUCAAUUCACCACAUGUCAACGACGCCAUUUAAAGUUGGACAAAAGCAAGAUCCAUACAAACAAAGCGUCUGUAAACGAAAUGGCGGCCGAAUCCAAUAAUUCAGCUGCGAUACGACUCUACCAUGACGAAAACCUUGUUUCCUUUUUCCGACGCUUAGCUUUUAGUCCCGAUGGCGCGAUGCUCAUCACCCCGGCGGGUCUCUGUAAAAACACGACGGAAACUUUAUCCAAUCGAGCCCCAUCCCAAGAUUCUCUCACGACCAACGACCAGGAAGAUUAUCAAAACUGUGCAUACAUCUACCCGCGUAACACGCUAUUAAAGCAUCCUUUGUGCUAUGUCAGUAACUUUACCAAACCGUCGAUUGCAAUACGGUGGUGUCCCAUGUUGUUUCAGACACGACCAUCCAAUAAGAAAUCAUUGUUUAUGCUCCCCUAUCGUAUGGUUUAUGCAGUAGCCACUCAAGACUCGGUUUACAUCUACGAUACCCAGCAAACACGACCUAUAUGCGCUAUUCGCGGCAUGCAUUUCGCUCCCAUCACAGACAUUGCAUGGUCACACGAUGGAAGCAUGCUCAUGUUCUCAUCAGCCGAUGGUUACUGUUCUUCUGUUGUAUUCAAACAGGACGAGCUAGGCAUUUCUUAUCAGCAUCAACGCGAUCGAGCGCGCAAUGAGCAUGAUAUUGAAAUGAUGGAUGUAUCCGAACCGGUCGCUCAGCCCGCCAAACCGGCAUCCGUCACUGAUGUGCGAUCCAUGCUGAUGACCUCGUCUGCUUCUUCAUCCUCAUCGACUCUUUCUUCUUCUCCUUUGUCUUCAAACAACAACGCCAACUCCACAACCUCCUUACCAAAAGCAGGCAUCAAACGAAUUACACCUAUCCUUGUAUCAGCCAAUAGUCCUGCUGAUGGUCUAUUGACACAAAAAUCAGAUGAUAAAAGCAAAAAACGUCGAAUUAUACCCACGUUAAUAAGUGCACCAGCAUCAUCAAAAUCAUCCUCUUCAUAAAAAUGAAAUAAAUACAUUCCUAGUUAUUAAGCACCAAACAAUUAGCUAUGCUCUGUAAGAAUGAUAAAACAAAU